CGCGGCCCUAGGUGCUGAGUGUGUGCCGGUGGUAAAGUGCCAUGUAGGGUGGCCGGCGCCUGCCCCGCCCCUGCGCUUAUUCCCUCCGCGGGCCCGCUGCCGCCGGGACCCGACGACGGCGGCGGAGCGAGCCUGCCGCUGCCUCUUAGCCCGCGGUGCGGCCAGCGCUACCCGGGGUGUCGCGGUAGCAUGCUGGAAGGGGUCGGGCCGGGGUCUGCCUGGUACCGUAGAGACUGCAGUCCAGCGUCUCGUUCUUCAGGGAAGGAAAGGUGAAGAGGGCAAAUAAGCCAGCGAGCCUGCAGCAGUUGAGGAGUUGGACUGAGGUCAAGUUCAGAAGUGCUUUACACAUGAAAUCUACUGGCUCUAUAGCUGAUUCUGCCUUGUUACCAUCUCAACAGAAUUGGAUUUACAGUCAUGGAGGAACAUCAGCAACAUUUACACUGUGUGAACUGUGUCAGCCGUCGUUGUAUGACCAGACCAGAGCCUGGCAUUUCCUGUGAUCUGAUUGGCUGCCCGUUGGUUUGUGGAGCAGUUUUUCACUCAUGUAAAGCUGAGGAACAUCGCAUGUUAUGUCCACUUGAAAGAGUGCCUUGUUUGAACAGUGGCUUUGGAUGUCCCUUCAUAGUAGCCCGAAAUAAAAUUGCUGAUCAUCUAGAAGUUUGUCCUGCAAGUGUAGUAUGUUGUACCAUGGAGUGGAAUAGAUGGCCAGUCAGUUACGCAGACCGAAAAUCUUACGAAAAUCUGAGUAAAGAUGUUGAUGAAGUGGAGCAACUAGAUAUGGCUUUAGCCCUUCAAGACCAGCGAAUGUUAUUAGAAUCACUUAAAGUAGCAACUAUGAUGUCAAAAGCAGGUGAUCAAAUACCAGAAUCCAGAGAGCAAACCUCUGUCAAAUCAAGUGCCCCAGAUACAGUGCAUUCAAAUGGUUUAAUGCCAGUAGAUGAAGAGUCUUAUGGUGCUCUUUAUCAAGCUACUGUAGAAACAACAAGGAGCUUAGCUGCUGCUCUGGAUAUCCUGAACACUGCUACAAGGGACAUUAAUAUGUUAAGUUCAAGCCUCUGCAGUUCACCACAGGAAAUUAAAGAAGAUACUGAGAUUAAAGAGCAAGCUUCUAAUGGCAUUAUUAAGGAUAAAAAGUCUGACCAUGAAUAUCCAGAUGAAGAUAACAUAGGAGCAGUUGGGGGGAUAAAGUUUGACAGCCUGAGUCAAAACUCACAAAUGGAGCAAAAUGGUUCUAGUGAUAUUUGUUAUGAUGUGGUGCAAAAACAUGACUUAAAUCUAAACCUCAAUAACUCCUCAGUUUUGUGUAAUGGCUUUCAUGUAGAAAAUGAAUGUUCAAAGGUGUUGGACCAGAAUGAAGAUCUUGGUGUAUCUAAUUCAAAACCGUCCAGUGUAGCAAAUGGUGAAUGUACUGCUUCUCAUGAUGAUGAAGCAUUAGAGUCUUGCAGCUCCCUCCCUGUAACAGCACAACUUAAAGAAGUAGUAUCAGCUGAUCACUUAGUUAAUGGCAGUGUUAAUCAUGUACUACUUCCCCAUAAUGCUAAUGAAGAAGAAAUAUUAGAGAAACAAGUGGAGCAAGAAAGACUGAGAAAUGUAGAUGCAUUUUCACUUUUACGGCGGCGAUCGUACAACUUCAUUGUUAACAACUAUUGGUCUACAUUAAAAGAAGACAAAGCUGUUGAUACAUCAGAUUUGGAGAUAACAGAAGAUCCUAUGGGUCUUCAAGGGAUUGAUCUAAUCACUGCAGCUCUGUUGUUUUGCCUAGGAGACUCUCCCGGUGGUAGAGGGAUAUCAGAAAGUCGUGCUGUUGAUGUGUAUCGCAUUGACUUUGGGACCCAAACAUUUUCUCUCCCAUCUGCUAUACUGGCCACGAAUACAAUGGUGGGGGAAAUAGCUUCAGCUUCUGCAUGUGAUCAUGCCAACCCACAGCUCUCAAAUCCAAGUCCAUUCCAGACCCUUGGACUGGAUUUGGUAUUGGAAUAUGUGGCUAGAUACCAAACAAAACAGCGUUCAAUGUUUACAUUUGUUUGUGGACAGUUGUUUAGGAGGAAUGAAUUUUCAUCGCAUUUUAAGAAUGUGCAUGGUGACAUUCAUGCUGGCCUUAACGGCUGGAUGGAGCAGAGGUGUCCUUUGGCAUAUUAUGGGUGUACAUACUCUCAACGAAGGUUUUGCCCUUCAACACAAGGGGCAAAAAUUAUUCAUGACCGCCACUUACGGUCAUUUGGAGUUCAGCCUUGUAUUUCCACAGUAUUAGUAGAACCAGCAAAAAGCUGCUUAAUUGGACUACACAAUGACCAUCUGAGUAGUCUACCUUUUGAGGUUCUGCAGCACAUCGCUAGUUUUCUAGACGGUUUUAGUUUAUGUCAGCUUUCCAGAGUGUCACGUUUAAUGAGAGAUGUGUGCGGAAGCUUGCUUCAAGCACGUGGAAUGGUGAUACUACUAUGGGAGAAGAUAAAGUGUGCAGAUAGAAGUUCCUGGCAGAUAAAAGAAAAGGUUUGGCGCUUCAGUACAGCCUUCUGUACUGUGAAUGAGUGGAAGUUUGCUGACAUCGUAAGCAUGGCUGACCACUUGAAGAAAUGUAGCUAUAAUGCUGUAGAGAGAAGAGAGGAGGCUGUUCCGCUGCCAUGUAUGUGUGUAACAAGAGAACUCACUAAAGAAGGACGUUCACUGCGCUCUGUUUUGAAACCAGUACUUUAAAUAUUGCAGCCACUCCAAUUGCACAUACACUCAAGCACCUGAUAUAACCUCAGUAAUCUUAUGUGACACUUUAUUAAUGUACUAAAGAUACUUUCUAGCUAAAUCUACUCUGUCACUGUGUAUAUAAGGUUUGAAGUGACAUUUAUUUUUUAUAAUACUGUUUAGCUGGAAAGUAAUGAAAGUUGCCUUAAUGUUUGAAAAAUUCGGAACUUGCUGGACAGGGUAGUUCUAUCUAACUUAUAUAAUUUAAGAACAAAAUCCUGGUGUUUUCUGGUUCACUGGUGCCCAUGUUGCUGUUGACUGAUAACAUUUCAAAAAUUGCCUCCAAAUGGUAUGCACAUUUAGAUAGGAAACACUGAAUUGUACUUUCUGUAUUUGGUCUAUUUUUUUUAAUAACAAAUUCUAAUCCAAAUAUUUGAAAGAUAAGGAAGAAUUCAAAACUUUGUAAUAGAGAUCUCAAACACAGCUUUUAAGCACAUCUUUUCUCAUUACAUCAGUGUUCUACUGCUCUUGCUAGUUUACAGGUGAUCUAAGAUGAACUUUUUUCUGAAGUUUUUGUUGUUUUUUUUUUUUAGCAGCAAUCUAAGCAAACUCAGAUUUAAAGCAGCUCAAUUUUUAGUACAACUUUCUUUUGACAUAUCAACAAUGAUUAUUUCUUUUCUGAACUAUUAACAAGUUAUUUCACUUUUGGGAGCAAAACUUUUAGAGCUAAAAACAUGGAAUACUAGUUUUACUCUCGCACCUACAAUGAUAUUGAUUUAAAAUAUUUUUCCUUGUCCUGCAGUUGGCUGAGGGUUAAAUUGCUUGAGGAUUCAGAAAUUCAAAGUAUGUGAUGAACAGUUACAAAUUAUAAUGCAGCUAAUGAAGCAGCUUUACUUGUUCUAUGGUGUUGUGAGAUAUAUUGUCUCCUUUUCUGUUAACCUGUCUAAACAAAUGCUGCUUUUUGAGGAGCAUUUUAAAUCACUGGCAUAUAUAGGAAAUGUAUCAUCUUCGUAAGAUGAUACAUGAUUUGUUAAUUGCAUAAGGCAUAUCAGAAAUAUAUGUUCAACCACAUCCGUUAAGCAAACAACUCCAAUUUGCUUCCAGUCUUCUGUAAUAAAAGAGCUCACAAAGUGUUUGUGAACAGAGAAGACAUGCUAUGAAAAAUGGCCUGAUAUAGCAAAUCUGUAAUAACUUGAACCGACUUUCCAACUUGUGUGUAUUAAUUUCGGUGUCUGUAGCCUGUUGCACUUAGCAACUGUGCCACAAAGCUAAAACAGAAACAGACCAGAGCAUGGAACAAAGAAAUACAGACUGUAUUUCCAUUAUAGGACAAAAUAAGAGAUUAGUAAGGAGGAGAUGUUUACAAAAAUGGCUAAAUUUAUUACUCAUAAUUUCUGUACUGGACACUUGUUUAUGGCUACUCUGGCUACAGUUCGCAACUUUGCUAUCUGUGCAUUUCCCAUUCUGGCUCCAGUCCAGCUAAACAUUCACUGCCUUUUUUUAUGCAGAGUGCUGCAGGUGCCCAGAAAAAAAUCAAAUCUAUUUCUUCAGUGCCAUGAGUUGAAAUUAGAAGAGCUCAAACAGCCUUGACCUUCAAACUACAUGUUCUUUUUCCACAAUUUCUCUUCGUUUAUUUUGUUUGGGGAGAGGAAAGGAAAGUAAACCCUCUACAGAAGUUAGCAAUAUUUGCAAUAAUUCUUAGUUGUUACCACAGCUAUCUGGAAAGGAGAAUUUAGAUUCAUGUAUAAAUCUGACUACAUCAACUGUGUUUUAGGUAGGGAUUUUAAACACACCCCCUAUCCCCACCCUUGUUGUCUUAGUAAAAUGCUCAUUACCCACAAAUUCUUCAAUACGUGGCAGGAAGGAGACUUCCAUCGGUUCUGUUCUUUUAGCUCUAAUGGCUCCUUGCUGCUGCUCUCUGGUGUUUAAAAGUGGUUGUGUGAUUGGAAGGAUCCUGAAUGUUGAGGAGUUUAUGCUUGUGUUUAUGGCUAAAUGUACUUUUAAACAUCUGUUUUGGGUUACUGGUAUUUUUUAGUCAGCAGUGUGGUGGUUUCGGUACUUGGCAUUCUUUGUAACUACCCAGAACCCUGGUAAGUAUGGUAUGAAGGCGUGUGUCGAGGUCGCUUAGGGGAAGAGGGUGUUCAGCUAGAGGAACUGGUGUCGGUAGAAUCUUGCUUGUAGCACAGUGCAGAUCUACAUCUAAAGUAUCAUCAGUUGUUGAUCUAUUAAAAUGAUUUUUUUAACUACUUGGUGUUCUUCUUAAGAAAUAACACUAUUUCUCAAUUCAUGCACUUUUGUUUUCAAAUGUAGAUACAGGCUUUUAUGUUAAAUUAGUUUAUUUUUUAUGAGAAUCCAGAGCUAUUAAAAUACCAAUGUUGUAAACAAAAUCUCUGCCUUGUAAACUGCUCCAAAUGCAGGAAUACAAUGUAGUUAGGAUAAAAACUUUUUUACACUGCUAUGCAGUUGGUAAAACAUCUGUGAUAUAUAUUAGUCUAUGAAAAUGUGGCUUGUUCAUAUUUGCCCUUCAAUUUUAAAAAUGUUGUAUCCCCUUCCUGGUACAUCUUCCUUACAGCAUAUAUAGACAGCUGUUCCAGUUUUUCUUUUACUUGAUACCACAUUGCUACUUUGUUUAAAAUACUAUGUUUUCGAUCAUUAUGCAAUAUUUUUUUGCAAUGUCUGUUGAAAUUCUAAUAAAACUUUUGGAGUUUC